GGGUCUGGGUCACUGAUAGGGAGAUCUGGCUGAUGGGACCUGGGCUGGGGACUGAAGAGAUGCUACUGGCAGGUUCCUUGUAAACGGGUCUGACCAGUUGGGCUCUGACGGGGAUUCCUCAAGUCACUGGGCUGGCCCCUCCCCACAUGCUGGUCACCUCCUCUACUAUAAAGCCUCUCGGGUUCUCAAGCACCCAGACUCAGAGCACCCCACAUUGGGGGCCAGAAGACAGCCAUGAUGCUCAACUGGAAGCUGCUGGGGCUCCUGGUCCUUUGCCUGUGUGCUGGAGGCAUCUCAGGCAGUGAGGACCCCUCUCCCAAACCCACAGAAGCCCAAGAAGAAGAGGACUCUCCAGCAUUGCCACUGGGCCCCCCAAUCCCUGGUGACCCCUGGCCAGGAGCACCUCCUCUGUUUGAUGAGCCUCCACCUCCAGGCCCCAACCGUCCCUGGAGAGAUCUGCCUAAUGCCGGUGCCUGGCCCCCAGAGCCCCCCAGCACUGAUCCCCCUCAGCCUCCUCUGCCUGAUGACCCCUGGCCAGCAGGAACCCAGCCCCCAGAAAACCCCUGGCCACCUGCCCCUGAAAUGGACCACGGAUCUCAGGAGGAACCAGACCUUGACCCGCCCCAGGAAGAGUAUAGAUAG